AUAUCUGCUACAGUAGAGCGCCUCUGCUGUGAAAUAACAACCAUUUUCUAUUUAAUCAAAAAAAUUAAUUAACGUUGCAAUAGAAAUCUGUAGCGAGCAGUGUUGUAGAUGAAAAAAUAUUGAACUAAAUGUUUAAUGUCGUCAGUAUGUUCUUAGAAAAAAAUGCUAUCGAUCGUUUAAUGUCGUCAGAAUGUUCUUAGGAAAAAGGGCUUUUGCUAAAUGACACAGGCCGUUUAAAAUCUCUAUCUUGGAAAGCGAAAUGGUCAUUUGCAAAUUAUAAUUUCAAUAGAGUUCACAGGCAGGUCAGGUAUGAUGGCUGGGUCUUUAGAACAGAUCAAAUUUGAUGGAGGCAGCAUGAUCACGUGGUAUUAUAGUCAUACCUGCUGAGGUCAGAAGAUCGGUUUGGAAACCUGGCAAAGCAUCUGCAGAUUGAAGGCAUGGGUCCUAGAAGAUGAAGAAACAAACGAUAUUGAGACCAUUGAACAGUGCUUGAAUAGAGUUUAUAAAUGGUAUUGCAAAUACAAUGCAUAUAGAAACAACGUACUCAUGUUGUUUAUUGAUUUGUCUUGUUUUCUUUGCUUGUAUCGAUGGAACAUUUGAAAGUGAAAGCAGUGGUGCAGUAUGCGGAAAGAAGUCCGACACCAGGGCAACAAAAACAAACGGAGAGAAGAAACAAAGCGAAAGUUUAGCUUUGCCUGUUCCACCACAUGCUCGUACAUCGAGGGCAAAAAGCAGACUAGAAGUUUUACAGGCUGAUGAAAUCGAAGAAAGACCAGAAUACGCCAGGCUGCCCGCAAAAGGCGAUGACAAGGUUGGGUUUGAAAAGCAAAUUGAAAUCCUUCCUGGAAUUAACAGGACAAUCAAGACACUAAGUCUCACCCCAAGGAUUUAUGAGAUUGCAGAUUUUUUCGAUGAAGAUGAAUGCGAUAUAAUCGUUGAACUCGCGAAGAGAAAAAAAUUGAAAUCACAUGUUGACAGAUCUGUGAACAGCAUCAUCGAUUCUGGACCAGAGAAAACAUUUCAGAGUUGGGACAUUGACGAUGAUGGUUUCGUUGACAGCGAAGAGAUUGCAUUUGUUACCGGUAAAAGCUUAAAAUUCAGCGUCGAAGAUGCCAGUGACAUGAUUUUUAUGUUGAAAAUGGACAAAGAUGAAGAUGGGAAGAUAGAUUUACAGGAAUUACAAAACACGGACCUCCAAGCAGUGAAGGGAUACAUUGCCAACUUGAAGGAAGAAAAAGGUCGAAAACGCGAAAUGAAGUCGGAUAAUGCAUGGGUGUGGCAUGAUGAGGACGAAUUGCUUCGAUUUCAAGAUGAUUACUUCUUUGGAUACCACACAAGGUUCACCUCAGUCACUGGGCUUCCUGAGGAGAUCAUCGAAGAAAGCGAGCCUCUACAGGUUGAAAAUUUCAAAGAAGACCAAUUCUCGCAAUGCAAAAGAGAUUCUGAUGAACUUUCUGAUUCAACAUGCUGCCUGUACGGAGAAAGGGAUGAAUGUCGUAACUGCAGAUACAUUACGAUUGGAAUAUUCUUAAAUGAUGUCGAGAAAGGCGGUGAACUUGUCUUUCCUUUAGCAGAUCACCAAUUCACAGACAUAAUGAAAAGUUCAGGUGAAUGGCGUGGUUAUUUCACGUACUCAAAGACGACAGGGAGUCAAAAUCGAUUCACGGCAAACAUAACAUUCACACAAAAAGCAGCCAAUCAGAUGCUGAUGGGGGAAGGCAGAGAUUCAAGCGGGACAUUUGACAUUACGGAUGGCAUCAUUUUGGGAAACAAUGUCCGCUUUCAAAAGUCAUACAGUUCAACAACUACCAACGGCAAUGAUAUAAUUUAUUCUGGAAAAAUCAUUUCCGGUUCCAGAAUUCUUGGAAACUGGUGGGUUCCUGGAAGAAAAAGACUCUUUGGAACCUUCUUCAUGUGGAACAGAAAAUAUGAGAUGCUGCUUAGAAGAGCCUCCGCAGAAUGCAAUCACAACGAUUAUUGCGCACACUCAGGCCUUGUGGUCAAGCCUAAGAAGGGGAAAGCCGUAUUCUGGUUCAACCACGAAACUGAUUACCAGACAGGGAUGCUAGGGGAGCGAGACAACGACAGUCUUUUUGGACACUGUGCUGUGGGCAAGGGGGAAAAGUGGAUUGCUACAGCACGGGUAAAUGUAAUAGGAGACGGCGAUGUCGACUUACGGGCGUGGAGGCGAGGUUUCAAUUGGAUGCAGAACAUUGGCAAAUAUCCAAAUAUAAUGAAAAAAAUCGGCAGUACAGAAUCAAGAACAAAAAUCGAGCAAUACAAGGAGGAUUUCGAACGGUUCAAGUUUGAUGAAAAUAAAAAUGAAAACAGGACAGUGAGCCAGGGACAUGCUCAUAGCAGGCCAGCACCAAGCCCGAUUCUCAAUGCAGUAAACAUUUUACUCAAUGAAGUUGAUAGAGAAGGCCUAAGAAAAAUUGCUGCUGUUGUACACAAAAAACUGCGUCUAACUUGCGUACCAUUCCACCCUGAGGACAAACCCAUCUAGUCUUUGCAAAUAGCUGACAUGUAAAUAUAAUUUUUUAAUAAUAAAUAUUGUUUUGCCAUGGGCAUACCAAGUCAAAGGUAUCUUGGUCUAGGUCUUGCUACUUGCCAAGUCAAUGGCAUCUUCGUCCAGGGACGCAACAAAUCCGCCCGAAGAAAUUGUAAAAAGGAAUAACAUAAGACGAACGAAGAAAAGAAACAAUUGGGCUUGCACUGGGAAACAAUGGUAGCAUUUGUACAUUGAAAUGCCAUUACAUAUACAAAAGUAAACUUAAGGCGCGUUCUCUUGGUCAAUUUGCAAAGCAGAGAUCAAAUGGCCAUGUAUCUCCAUCAAUCUAUGACUCCUCUUCUUUAGAUGCCGCUUCGAAACUGCCCACGAGCUCUACGAAAUCCAAAUAACUCAAUCAAACAACUGGCUAACAAAAAGCAAAUGUGAAAAAGGAAACGAGGCUUCUUCUGAACGGAGAUUCAUCUGAUAGCAACGAACAUAUUAAAAAAUUCAUUUUCAAAUCUACAUUUAGACAUUGGAAGCAAGCGAUUUCACACUGACCUGGGACUUCAUCGUCUUCAGGUUCCACUUCCAUUUCUUUUGUAGUUUCUGGUCGACCUAUUUGAUAAAAAGAUAACUCUCUAAAAAUCAUAGGGUUCAAUAAUUGUUUAAAAAAGCGAAUGAAGCACACAACAAGAGGCUCAUUAGUUGAUAAGUAAGCACCAUCCUGUCAGAAGUUGUUUUGCAAGAACAGGGAAAUAAAAAUGCAAAUAGAUUUUCAAUAUCAUACCCUGGUGCCUUUCAGCCCAUCGUUUGAGAUUUGAGAAUCCCUCAGGCCCCUGUGAAACAAAAAAUGUUAAGCAAAAUGAAAACCUUAAGAAAUACUUAUAACAAUCUAUUCACGACAUUGAGAAAAGAACUUCAGUUGGCAUUUUUGACUGUUCCAGAGUAUUGGAGGAUAAGUAAUUUUCUAUGCUAUUUUGUAAUUUUGUAGCAACAGAGGCUUGUUUAAAAUUCUAACAUUAGAAAAACAAAAAAAUAAUUAUACAAA